AUGUUUAGCUUGAGACAUCAAACAAAAAGAGCUUUUGGCAAAGCCUAUGAACAAUGGAAUUUUAAUAUUUUGAAUCCAAUAACUAAAGGAUAUAACAACAAUGGCUUUGUGGAUGUGUCUAAAUUUGAGACAAGUGUGCAGGAUACUGAUUACCAGAGGCCUCCACAGCUUUGCCAUGGGCUUAAUAAAAUUGUGAGGACUGAAGGGAUUUACCAAAUAGAUGAAAUUAUUAAGCUGAAUAAUGGAGAUCAGUUUAUCAAAAAUCUCCCAGAAAUAGCACCUAAAGUUUUAGAAAGGCUUCCUACCUACAGCCCUCCAUCCAAGGACAAAAUUCUGCUAAAAAAAGCUCAAGAUAUAGGCUUGAAAUAUAUAGCUGGGUCUUCUAAUGUAACUGAAGCUUUGUCACACAUUUUUUGGGUCCUCACAAAUUUUAAAUCACCGAAUUUUAUAGGACUUGGAAAAUCAUUUAGUGAUAAAAACAUGAACUAUAUGUCAGCUUACAAAAAGCCUAUAUCUAUUAUGCUUACUCCUCCCUCAAAAAAAAAGAUUUUAUUUUUUUUUCCAAAAUUAAAAAAAUCUUACCCAAAAUUGGAAAGCAAAAAUUAAUUUAGCUUUAAAAUUUAAAUUUUAAUGUACAAGCUGUUUAAAAUUCAGCAGAAUCAGCUAGAGAUUUUGCUAUAUUAAUUAUCACUUAUAUAUUAAAAUAUUUUAUUUUUGUUCACUCACAAAGAUGGGCUUUUGAGUUUUUUCCAAUGGGGGAGCUAGAAAGCUGAGCGAUAACCAGUAUGCAAUUGAUUCAGAUAAAGGACCUCUGCCUGCAAGCAAUUGGAUUUUGACCAUAGGUGGUGUUAUUAUGGAAACAAUGUUUACUACGGAAAAAAAUUUAUUUACUAAAGUUUUUGAUCCAAAAGCUACACUUUCUGAAGAAGACAAAAACGCCUUAAAAGAUGUGAGCCGAUCCUAUCGUUUUAGACAGUUUGGAAAUAUUCUUAUAAGAUCUCAAAUAGAUACAGAGUCAAUAGAUGAGCAAAUUAAAUUAAUUAAGAGUCUUAAAAUCUUCAGAUUUGAGGCCUCUACGUACUUGCGAACACCAGACGCUUGCUUGUCAGGAUAGCGUUGGUUACCCGAGCUCCAUCAACAGCAGUCUUCUUCCAGGACUAAGGACUUGCAAUAGGUCCCUGAGUUUCGACGGGCUAGGAAGACUUCUCAGUGCUGUACAUCUUGCGGGUGCUAUGGAGGUAAAGAUUAGCCCGAUAUCUCCUCUUGCCACCUUGAGGAAGGUUGACACCCAGGAAAAAAGAGUCACAGUCCUCUGAGUCUGCAGGGAAAAUAACAGUGACCCAAAAGCCAUCCGGAUAACUAAUACUUGGACUGGAACAGCCACAAGCUGAACUCCCAAAGCCACCCACCCCAUAUGGCAGCUAUACAGCGUGCUUAGGGUUAGAAUAAAAGGGCCUGAGCCUUAAUUUAGGCUAUAAAGCCAUUUGGCACCCACAGUCGUGCGUCGUCGGUAAAGACAUAUUUUGCCCCCACCAUAUAAAUUAUAUAUCUGAGCAAGGAAACCCUUUUGUGUUUGAAAUUAAAACCAGAGCAUCAGCUCCAAUCAGAUAUGACGUCGAAAACUACAAUUUAUAUACAGAUUACCUGAUAAACUCCAGGAGCGGGUACGUAAAUUCCUAUGAAAGAGAAUAUUUUGACUUAUUAAGGUCUAUUAUCCUAAAGUAUUUAUUCCAAAUCAAGCUUGGAAGAAUGGACGGAGCUUUAAUAGCUUAUCACAACACAAAAGAAAUUUUUGGGUUCGAAUAUAUAUCAGUUAGCGAAUUAGAAAAAAGAGUAUUCGGAAACAGUGGAAAAGCUGAUGAAGUCAUGAAAAUCUGCUUGUAUAUUUUGCAAGAUAUCCUUGAUGAUGCUGUAAAAUUGUACCCUGAUGACAAAAUGAUCAAAAUUGGGCUAUAUGCGCAUAAUUUUUCUGGGGAGCUGGUAACAACUGUAGAAAGAAUGACACAUUAUGAGGAAUGGCAGGAGAAAAGAACGAUUCCUGAGGGGAUUGAAGAUAUUUAUGAUUAUUAUAACAUUUAUCAUCCAAACGUGUUUGCGCUACAGUUUAAAAGAAAAUUGUUUCCAUAUUUAAAUGGAAUUUUACAAAAAGAGCCAAUUUUCUUUGAAGAAGGAGAUGAGUUUGCAUUCAAACAGUAUAAGUAUGCAGAUGGGGUGAUGGAGAAUGAGAAGUAUUUAUAUUUUUUGCAGUGUUCUUAUAAAGAUGAUGGGGUGCCUCUUGAUAAAAAUUUUUGGGGGGUUUGGAAGAAAUUCAAUGAUUUCCAUUACUAUAGAAGGCCAUUACACAAAGAUACAAGAGAAAUAGAUUAA